AUGCAAUCCGCCUCGCCGGCCCUCGCCCCCCUGGUGGUGUCCCUGCCGGCGGACCAGCCGCGCACGGUGGAGCACGACGCCUACUUCGGGUCCAUUGGCUACUACUGGGACCCGGCGGCCGUCAGUGACUCCGGCUCCUUCGGCGCCUAUCGCAUCCACCCCACCUGGUACUCUUACUAUGGCUAUGCCGAGGAGUCCCCCCUGGCGGCCGGGUCGCCGAGCGCCUCCUCGCCGGACCUGGCGGCGCAGCAGCCGGCCGCCGGCCAGGAGGCCCCGGCGCCGGCCGCGGACCCGACGGCCGCCGUCUCGGCGGCCAGCCUCUUUGGCGUUGUGGACGCCGGCUUCGACUUCAUACAGCCCGCCGGCGGGCCGCCCGGCGAUCCGUUUGGCGCCCCGGCAGCCGGCCCGGCCUCGAGCGGCUCGGCCGGUGCUCCAGCGGCGUCUGCCGAUCCGUUCGCCGCCCCGGCACCCGGGCCUGCCGCCGCCGGCGACGUCUUUGCUGCCGGUGCCACUCCUUUUGGCUCUGCCCCGGCAUCCGCGGCCGACGCCUUCACCGGGGCCGCGACGGCUGCCUCCUCAGCCAGCGACCUGUUCGCGGCCCCGGCGUCGGACUGGUUCUCGGCUCAGGCAGCCGCGGCCCCUGUCCCACAGCCAGCUCUCCAGUCUCUUCCCGAGUCUGUUGCUGAGGCUGCUGCUGAGGCUGUUCCUGAGGCUGUUGCUGCGGCUGUUCUUGAGUCUGUUGCUGAGUCUGUUGCUGAGUCUGUUGCUGAGUCUGUUGCUGAGUCUGUUGCUGAGGCUGCUCCUGAGUCCGCUCCUCAGUUCGUCACUGAGACCGCUCCUCAGUUUGUUCCUGAGACUGUUCCUCAGUUUGUUCCUGAGGCUGCUCCUCAGUUCGUUACUGAGGUUGUUCCUGCGGCUGUCCCCGAGGCUGCUUCCGAGCCCACUCUCGAGGCCGCUCCUCAGCUCGUUCCCGAGGCCGCUGCCCAGUUCGUUCCCGAGGCCGCUGCCCAGUUCAUUCCCGAGGCCGCUGCCCAGUUCGUUCCCGAGGCCGCUCCCGAGGCCGCCCUUGAGGCCCUCCCCCCGGCUGUUUCCCAGGCUGUCCACGACUCCACUCCCGCGCCACUCCCCGAGCCCGCCGACGCUGCUCCCCUCGAGAGCGCCCCCAUCAAGCCGGCUGCCGAGGCCGCCCCGCACGCCGGGCCCACCGGGGAUGUCGUCUCCGGCUCCCCUUCCGAGCCAUUUGUCGAGCUCGGCUCCUCUUCCGCCACCGAGCCCCUCCCCGCCCCGGGGCACCCCUUCGGCGGCCUGCACCAUGCCGCCGAGCCGGCGCCCGGUGCUCCCCUCACCUCGUCCGAUGAGCAGCCGGCCGCCGCCCUCUCGCCCUUUGAGAUGAUGCCCGCCACCGGGGCCUCGGACGGGUCGCUGCCCGAUGACAUUGCCCUGAUGCACUCCUCCGACAGCGGGUACGACCUGUCUCUCUCCUCGCCGGAUGCCCUGGUCGAGCUGUCCCUCGAGGAUGAUGCCCACUCCUCAUACCCGGUGGAGUCCUUCUCGGACCCCUCCUCGGCCUCGGCCUCCUCGUCGGAGUGCGCGCCCGGGCUCGGCGACGAGGCCUCCCCCCCGGCGGGGGGGCCGCCCUCCACGGCCCUGGCCACCGAGGGCGCCACCCAGCCGGACAUGUCCGACGAGCCGGGCGCCGCGCUCGGCAUGUCCUCCCUGCGCUUCGUCUCGUCGGCUGUCUCGUCGCUGGCCAGCCGGACGCUGAGCGGCGCGGCCGCCGCGGCCAAUACGCUCGUCGCGGCGGCCGGCGUGCCGGACGCCGACCCCCUCGACCAGCCGCCAGCUGCCUCCAGCUCGGCCAGCCUCUUCCCCGGGCACACCUUCUCCUUCGGCGAUCCGGCGACCCCUGCCCCGGAGGACUCGGCCCCGGAGGACUCGGCCCUGGCCCACCAUCCGGACGCCGGCCCGUCGACUUCCCAAUCGACGGAUGCCCUGCUGCGCGGGCUGCCGGUGUUCGGCCUGGCCGGUGAUGAGGUCCCGCCCUCGGCCGGGGCCGGCCCGGACCCGGAGGAGCCUGCCGGCCCGGCCGCGGCCGCCCCUGCCCUCGACCCGGCCGUCGCCCCCGCGGCCGAUGAUGUGCCAGCCGGCGAUGCCCCGGCCGCCACCGCCGACCAGUCGGACCUCUAUGUCACCCUGGCCGCGGCAUCCGGCUUCUACGAGUCCCUGGCCCGCGGCAUGUCCGCCGACGAGGAGCCCCACGCCGCGGCCUCCCCGGAGGUCGCGGAGCCCGCCCACACGCCGUUCGACCCGUCGCUUGUCCCGCCCUCCCACGCCGAGCCUGCCCCCUCGGUGGCGGCCGGCGGGCCCGGGGUCUCGUCCGACUGGUCGGCCCUCUCGCCGGAUGUGACCCGCUCGCAGAGUUCCUUCUCCUUCGUCUCCCACCCGACCUGGUCGGCGGCCACGGUCGAGACCCCGAGCGAGGUCACUCUCCCGGGCGGCGAGGGGGACCUCCAUGCGAUGGCGGCGCCAGUGGCGGCGCCGGCGGCAGCAGCACCGGCGGCAGUGGCAUCCAGCGGCGACGCCAGCCCCUUCCUGCUCAUGUCCCCGCCCGCGUCUAACUCCGCCGGGUCUGCCCCGCCGCUGCCGUCUCUGGCCGUCUCGGACUCUGCCUCGUCCUCGUCCUCCUGGCUCCUGGCCGCCCACCCGGCAGAUGACCUGGUGGCCGCCUCCUCGGCCUCCGGGCAGCUGGCCCCGGGCCCGGACUCCGCGGCCGAUCUCUUCGCCGGGGUUGCUGCCUCGGCCGGGGGCUUCGACUUUGCCGGCCAGCCGCCGGCCGCGGUGGCCCCCGCCGGCGACGUUCCGGCUGCCGGGGCGGCCCCCUUCGACCCCUUUUCCCAGGGGGAGGCUGCGGUGUCGCGCGAGGACUCCCUCAACCAGCUGAAGUCCGGCGAGCUGACAUUGGCCCCUUCGCCGGCCGGCGACUUUGCCCACUAUUUCCCGACCACCGGAUCGUCCGUCGGCGGGGGACAGCUCUUCCCGCCGCAGGCCGACUUCCCGGUCGGGGGCCAGGUGGAGCAGCACCAUGCUCCGGAGGAUCAGGGUGUGUCUGGGCAGCACUCCAUCGGUGAGCAGCAGUAUGCUGCCUCGGAGCAGUAUGUUGCCUCAGAGCAGUAUGUUGCCUCGGAGCAGCACACUGCCCCGGAGCAGCAGUAUGUUUCCUCGGAGCAGCAGUAUGUUUCCUCGGAGCAGCAGUAUGUUUCCUCGGAGCAGCAGUAUGUUUCCUCGGAGCAGCAGUACACUGCCCCGGAGCAGCAGUAUGUUGCCCCGGAGCAGCAGUAUGUUCCAUCCGAGCAGCACUACACCGCCCCGGCGCAGCAGUACACUGCCCCGGAACAGCAGUACACCGCCCCGUACACCGCCCCGGUGCAGCAGCAAACUUCCCCGGCGCAGCAGUACACUGCCCCGGAGCAGCAGUACACCGCCCCGGCGCAGCAGUACACCGCCCCCAUGCAGCAGCAAACUUCCCCGGAACAGCAGCACACCUCCGCAGAGCAGCACACCUCCGCAGAACAACACACCUCCACAGAGCAGCAGCAAAUCUCCACACAGCAGCAGCAAACCUCCGCAGAGCAGCACACCUCCGCAGAGCAGGCCGCCCCCCCUGCCGAUGCCACAUCCCAGGAGCUGGUGGCCUCGGCCACGCAGUACGCAUAUUAUUACGCAUGCUCGGCCCUCCUGACCCUGCUCCAGGGCCAGGGCGUUCAGGUCCCGGCCGGGGCCGAUGGCCAGCCGGAUGUCUCCCUCCUGCCGGAGUACCAGCCCACCCUGCAGCAGUACUACGCCCACUACUAUGGCGAGCUCAUGGCCCAGUGGCUUCCGUCGGUGGCCUCGCCGGCGGAGCCCGCCGCCGCGGCCGACGCCACCGGCCCCAUGGCCGACGCCUCGUCCGUGUAUGCCACCCCGGCUGCGGCCGGGUAUGAUGGCUCCCCGGCGGUGGCAUACACCCCGGCGGUGGCGGCCGGCCAUUCCCCGGCGGCGGCCGGCUCUUCCGCCGCCCAGGCCGACCCCGGCACCUACUCGCCCCCGGUGGCCACAUUCACCCCGCCGCAGCCCGGCGGCCAGUCCUACGACAUGCCGGCCGUGGCCAGCCCCCUGCCGCCGGACACGCUGGUGGCCCCGUCGCCGGUGCUCGGGGUGUUCCAGCCGGGCGCCGGGACGGAGCCCGCCUCGCAGUCCAUCGGGUCCGUGCACCUGCACGCGGCUGGCGCCUCGGGGGUCGGCCCGGCCGCCGGCGAAGCCCCCCCGGCCGAUGCCGCCUUCGCCAGCGAGCUGGCCAGCCUGCUGCGCAUGUACCCCGGGCCGCUGCUGCGCCUCGCCAAGCCGGCCGAGCAUACCCUGGCCCUGGAGGCGGCCAGCCCCUCGCGGGUGGAUGCCUUCCUCACGGCGCACCUGGAGGAGCUGAGCGCCUGCCGGGGCGGCGGCGGCGGCGGCGGCGGCGGCCCCGGCCCCGGCGACGAGCCCCCCGGGGCCGACCGCGCCCCGGAUGACCUCGGCCCCGGGAGCAGCCUCGGCCUGCCCCAGCUGGCGGGAUCGGCCUCGGCCGGGUCCUUCGGCCCGGAGCGCGCCCGGUCCGCCGCCCGCGAGGACAGCCUCUUCGCAUGGCGCCUGCUCCAGGGGGUGGUGCGCCUGGCUGGCGCGGAGUUUGCCUUCGCGUCGGGCAUCACGUCGGCCGAUUGCCGGCAGGCCGAGCGCGGCCGGCUGGAGGCGGCGCGCGCCGCGCAGGCCGCCCAGCUCCUGGGCCUGGUCACCGGCCACGCCCGGACCAGCCCCACCUCCUACUAUGUGUCGACCGUGGCCCGGAGCACCGCCACCACCGCCACCAACGGCGGCGGCGCCGGCAGCGGCGGGACCCUUUCCGGCGUGGUGUCGCCGCUGGCCUCGGCCGUGGCCAACGGCCUGGAGGGCGCCGGGCCGGCCGUCGGCCGGCCCCUCGGCGACCGCGAGCGUCGUGCGGUGGCCGGGCUGUCGGACCUGCUGGCCGAGACGCUGCUCGAGCUGUCGGCCCAGGCGGAGGGCGCGGCCGGCGGCACGGCCACGGCCACCGGGCCCGGCGGCGCCAGUGCCGCCAACACCGCCGCCAGCCUGGCCGGGCUGUCGCACUCCUCGGAGCUGGCCCUGCCGGCCACGGCCACCGGGCAUGCGGCCGACUCGGAGGUCGGCCAGCUGGCCGGUCGGGUGGUGGCAUCCCUCCGGCGGGCGGCGGCCACCGGCCGGCCCGGCGCCCCGGGGCCCGGCUCGGUCCUCGGGCGCCUGGCGCAGGAGGCCGCCCAGCGGGGCCUUUGGGCCUUCUCCCUGGUCCUGGGGUUCGUGGCGCACGACGCGGCCAGCAGCCUGCACCUGGCCGCCGGGGCGCCGGAUCGCCCGGAGACCCCGGCCCUGCACCGGGCCUACCUGGAGGCGGCCCUGCCGGCCGGCGAUCCGCUGCGCACCGCGCUGGACCUCUGCCUGCUGGCCCUCGGGCCCGGGGCCGCCGGCGAGGCCCUGGCCACCGGCGAUGUGCCCGGCCCGGGCGAUGCGCCUGCCGCGGCCUCCCCCCCGCUGCGGUCGGCCCUGCUGGGCCUUUGCCUGGCCCACUGGCGCGAUGUGCUGGCCCUGCUGGCGUCGCUGCUGUUCACGGCCGGCGGCCUGCCCGGCCAGCGGGCCGUCUUCCUCCGGGCCAUGUGCCUGCUGUCGAGCGCGCUCUUUGCGCAGGAUCGCCCGGAGGCCGGGCACGCGGUGGCCCUGCUGGCCGGGUCGCCGCUGGCCGCGGUGGCCUGGAAUGUGCCGCCCACGCCGGGGGCCCCGGCCACCGGGGCCGCCACGGUGGCCCCCGUGUGGCUGGCCCCCGCCGCCGGUGCGCACGACGGCCACGGCCCGGCGGCCGCCAUCAACAACCCCUGCCGGGUGGGGGCCGAGUGGCCGCCGCGCUUGGCGCCGGUCCUGGCCGGCGCCCGGGGGUCCGAGGCGGCGGCCGCCGCCCUGGCGGCCCAGCUUCGCGCCGGCCUGACCGGCCGCCCGGCCGUGCGGCACCUGCACCCGGCCGAGGGGCCGGCCUCGGGGGCCGACGGGCCGGAGCCGCUGACCGACGCGGCGCUGGCCUCGGUCGGCGCCGGGCCCCUGCCCAGCCGCUGGCCCGCCGUCCAGGCCUUCCUCAUGACCGAGCUGGCCGAGUAUGCCCGGGUGUUGAGCUUCAGCGCGGAGCUCCUGCUGGCACUGGCCGCCGGCAGCCCGGUGGCCCCCUCCUCGCGGGUGACCGGCGCCCUGGCGGCCAUCACCGGCUCCGGCCCGAGCAUGUAUGGCGCCGUGUCGACGGCCGGCUCGGGGGAGGGCCCUGCCCCGGCCGGGCCCGGGCGCGUGCCCGCCUGCAACCUGGCCACCACCGGGCCCGGGCCCGGGCUGCCGCCGGCCUUCCCCGGCGACACUGUCACCCUGCCCAGCAUCGGGGCCCUGCACGCCUCGUGUGCCUGGCUGCAUGUGUACCGGGUGCGCUUUGCCCAGCUGCUUGACGGGGCCGGCCUCCCGGGCGACCUGGCCUGGCGGUACAUCCAGUUUGUCCGCCGGGCCGGGCUCGACCCGCGGGUGGGCUUCCUGGCGCUGUCGCUGCCCCCGGCCGAGGUGGCCCUGGCGCCGGUGCUGGCCGGCGGCCCGGCCCUCGGGCAUGCCACCCUGCGCCAGCUGCCGCGCGCGUGGUUCCCCCGCGACCCGGCGGCCCUGGCCGACACGGAGCAGUUCUGCCGGCGCCUGGAGCAGACGCACGGCGCGCCGGCUCUGGACCGCGCGCCGGCCUCGGCCCCGGCCGGCGCCGCCGCCGCCGCGGUGGCCUCCGGCAAGGGGAUCUCCGGGGCCGGGGCCGCCGCCGCCGCCGCCACCCGGACCUGGUUCCGCAAUGUCGAUGUCGGCGGCCUGCUCGAGCGCGGCCUCGAGCGCAUCAUCGGCGAUGACACCGGGCCGCGCGGCGGCCGUGGCCCUGGCGCCCCCCCUGCCGGUGGUGCGGGUGAUGCCGACGGCGCCGAGCCGCCGGCCGUGUCUCCGCCGCCUGCUGCUGCUGCCCCUGCCUUCCAACCGGCUGCUCCCACCUUCCAGCCGGCGGCGGCUCCCACCUUCCAGCCGGCCGCCCCUACCUUCCAGCCGGCCGCCCCUACCUUCCAGCCGGCCGCCCCUACCUUCCAGCCGGCCGCCCCUACCUUCCAGCCGGCUGCCCCUGCCUUCCAGCCGGCUGCCCCUGCCUUCCAGCCGGCCGCCCCGGCCGAGCAGUUCGUCGAUGCUCUCAGCCAUACGGAGGGCGAUUUCGCCGACGCGGUCCCCGGCCCGGCGGGCGGCGCCCCCCCUGCCUUUGUGUCGCCGCUGGCGGCCCCGACCUUCAUCUCGCCGGUGGCGGCCCCUCUGUCACCGGCGGCCGGCUCCCCGCCGCCCCCCCCGGCCCAGCCGGCGGCGGCGGCGGCAGCGCCAGCGCCCUCGGCCUCGCCGAGCACCCCGGCGACCGCGCAGCCGGCCGGGCCGGCCUCCCCCGCGGCCGACGCGCCGACCAGCCCCAACGGCAGUGGGCUCUUCUCGCGCCUGGGCGGCCUGCUCUUCGGCCGCGGGGCCAACAAUGCCCAGGAUGACUCCGGCCCCAAGGAGGUCAAGCUGGGCGAGGAGAUGAAGCUCACCUACGACCCGGUCAAGAAGCGCUGGGUCCUGCCGGACGGCAAGCCCCCGACCGUGGAGGACACGCCGCCGCCGCCGCCGAUGAGCUCGGCUCCCGGCAGCUCGGCCUCCCUGGCGGCCGGCGGCCCGGCGCCGGCCGGCGGUCCGGCCCUUUCUCCCGGGGGCGCGGCCCCGCCGCCGGCCCCGGCCCCCGGCACCGGCGGCGCCGGCUCGGCCGCCACCCGGGCCUCCAUCAGCAGUCGCUAUGUGGACCUGCUGAACCCGGGCGGCGUGUCGGCCGGGGCCCCGGGCCCGGGCGUGCCCUCGCCCUUCGGCGGCGCGCCGCCCCCGGUCCCCGGGUUCGCGCCGCCAGUGCCCGGCGGCGGUGGCGCCGGCCCCGGCGGCAUGUUCGUCCCCCCGUCCUUCGUGCCGCCCUCCGCCGGGGCCCCGGGCGCCGGGCAGCUUUUCACCCCGGGGGCUGCCCCGGCGUCGGCCGACCCGAGCGCCUCCACCGGCUACAUGCCCCUCUCGGUGCCCUACACGCCGUCCUACAUGGCGGCCGCCUCGCCGGAGGACGGCCAGGCCGCCCCGGUCGCCGGGCACUGA